ACUUUUUUAAAAGGAGUAUAAAACAACCUUUAAAAAACAUGAACUGAAUAAUCUUGGAAUAAUGUAUAAAUAAUGUUUUUGUGCUGUUGUGUGUGUGUGUGAUAGAUGUCGUCUGGGUCUGUUUAGACUAGUCGCUAGAAGAACAUGUGUUGUUUGGAUCUGAUGAAUUAUUGAUGCUCUUCUGUAUUCUUCUAUAUCUGUGUGUGUGUGUGUGAUCAUGGGAUGAAUGUAGUUUCGCGUGUGCCGCGCAGCUGUGGAGUGUGUGGGUUUGCUCAGUGUGUGUGUGAUUGUGUGUUGUCACCCAUGACGGAUCAUUAUGUGGGUGUAAUUGUGGCCUGGAGGAGAGGAGGAGCUGCUGGUGCUCAUGAUGACCUGCAGCUCGACUCCAUCAUCAGUCAUGGAGAGUUUCUUCAGAGGUCUGACCGCCACUGCCUUCCUCAACACCUGGACUCAGUUCGACCGCGACGAUGAUGGGUUCAUCGACGCGAAGAACCUGGGGGAGUUUUUACGGCACGUGAUGAAGACGCCGAAGACUUUUGAUGAGCAGUUGCUCCAGAAGAUCCAAGACACGAUUCUGUCCAGCUGUGGAGUUACAGGAGGACGCCUGUCGAUGGAGCAGUUGGCCGCUGUGGUUCUCCCCGAGGAGGAGAACUUCCUGUUGCUGUUCCGCAGGGAGACGCCGCUGGAGAACAGCGUGGAGUUCAUGAGGAUCUGGCGCUGCUAUGACACCGACAGCAGUGGAUACAUCUCUGCUGCGGAGCUGAAGAGUUUCCUGCGGGAUCUUUUCCAUCAGAACAACAGAGAGAUCACCACAGCCAGACUGGAGGAGUACACCGCUAUCAUGAUGAAGAUGUUUGACAAAAACCAGGAUGGUCGUUUGGAUCUGAAUGAUUUGGCGAGGAUCCUGGCGCUGAAGGAGAACUUCCUGCUGAAGUUUGAGAUGAAGGCCGGCAGUCGGGAGGAUCGGCGCAGAGACUUCGAGAAGAUCUUCGCUCACUAUGACGUGAGUAACACCAACGCUCUGGAGGGCGAAGAGGUCGAUGGCUUUGUCAAAGACAUGAUGGAGCUGGUGAAGCCCAGUCUCAGCGGCUCGGACCUGGACAAGUUUAAACGGGUUCUGCUGGGUCACUGCGACCUCAACGGAGACGGGAAGAUCCAGAAGAACGAGCUAGCGUUGUGUCUAGGGCUCAAACUCUGAGAACACUCAUUACACCCUGUAUGUGUGUGUGUGUGUGUGUGUGUGUGCCAGCACUGUAAGACACACAAGUCCCCCUUUUACAUAAGUUUGUUUAGCACCUGUCAAUCUCAAAAUGGCAGCCAAUUAAGUGAAAGAAGGCGGGGUUUACUGUUAGUGUUUUAGCAGUGAAAGAGUGCUUGUGAAGAUUCAUGCUAAACAUUGAACAUUUGACAACUUUAGCGACCGAGUAAUAUCCAGUGAUGUGAACUUCUCAAAGUUUUGUCUUGAAAUUUCACCGUUUUGAAUUGAAAUUGUGCUAUUGUUUAUGUUGAGACAAA